CAGCCUCUGCGGCAGCAGCGUUGGCCGCAGUCACCUCAGCCUUAGCAGCAGCCCUAGAAAAAGCCGCCGCCUUAGGCCUGUCAGUCAGUCAGUCAGUCAGUCAGCCUCCUGUCAGUCAGUCUCCUGUCAGUCAGUCUCCUGUCAGUCAUCCACCCACCCACCCACCCACCCCCGUGAGGAGCCAUGGCCGCCCUGAGCAGCGACCCCCAGUUCCAGCAGCUGGCCCAGUGGCACAAAACCCACGCCGCCGCCCUCAACCUGCGGAAGCUCUUCGAGGCGGACAAGGAUCGCUUCGGCCACUUCAGCUUGACUCUUAACACUGAUCAUGGAGAUAUUUUGGUGGAUUAUUCAAAGAACCUUGUUACAGAGGAAGUGAUGAAGAUGCUACUGGGGCUGGCAAAGUCGAGGGGUGUUGAAAGUGCACGCGAGCGAAUGUUCAGUGGAGAGAAGAUCAACUUUACUGAGGACCGAGCUGUGCUGCAUAUUGCUCUGAGGAAUCGUUCUAAUACUCCAAUUUUAGUAGAGGGGAAAGAUGUAGUACCAGAGGUGAACAAGGUGCUGGAGAAAAUGAAGAAUUUUUGCCAGAAAGUUCGAAGUGGUGACUGGAAAGGCUUCAGUGGCAAGGCGAUUACUGACGUAAUCAACAUUGGGAUUGGAGGCUCUGACUUGGGUCCUCUUAUGGUGACGGAAGCCCUGAAGCCGUAUUCAAAGGGAGGACCUCGGGUCUGGUUUGUUUCCAACAUUGAUGGUACACACAUUGCCAAAACCCUGGCUGAGCUGAACCCAGAAACGUCUCUCUUCAUCAUUGCUUCAAAGACUUUCACCACCCAAGAAACCAUCACAAAUGCAGAAACAGCCAAAGAAUGGUUCCUGCAAAUUGCAAAAGAUCCUUCCGCUGUGGCCAAGCAUUUUGUGGCCUUGUCUACUAAUGCUCCUAAAGUUAAGGAGUUUGGAAUUGAUACUCAGAACAUGUUUGAGUUUUGGGAUUGGGUUGGCGGGCGAUAUUCACUGUGGUCAGCAAUUGGACUCUCCAUUGCCCUACACGUUGGUUUUGACAACUUCGAACAAUUGCUUUCUGGAGCUCACUGGAUGGAUAAUCACUUUCGCACUGCCCCAUUGGAAAAGAAUGUCCCGGUUCUGUUAGCCAUGCUGGGCGUUUGGUACAUCAACUGCUACGGAAGUGAAACACAAGCACUUCUGCCGUAUGACCAAUACAUGCAUCGCUUUGCAGCCUACUUCCAACAGGGUGAUAUGGAAUCCAAUGGGAAAUACAUCACCAAGAAAGGUGUUCGUGUUGACUACAAAACCGGCCCCAUUGUUUGGGGCGAGCCUGGGACCAAUGGGCAGCAUGCUUUCUAUCAGCUCAUUCAUCAAGGUACCCGACUGAUCCCAUGUGACUUUCUCAUUCCUGUCCAAACACAGCAUCCAAUCAGGAAAGGUCUACACCACAAGAUCCUGCUGGCCAACUUCCUUGCUCAGACAGAGGCCCUCAUGAAGGGGAAGACAGCUGAUGAAGCGCGAAAAGAACUCCAGGCUGCUGGCAAGAGUGGAGAUGCCUUGGAAAAGCUGCUUCCUCAUAAGGUAUUUGAGGGAAAUCGUCCAACUAAUUCCAUUGUCUUCACCAAACUUACUCCCUUCAUCCUUGGAGCCUUAAUUGCUAUGUACGAACACAAGAUCUUUGUUCAGGGAGUUGUCUGGGAUGUCAACAGCUAUGACCAGUGGGGGGUGGAACUUGGAAAGCAACUGGCCAAGAAAAUCGAACCAGAAUUGGAGUCUGAUGCUCCAGUGACAUCUCAUGAUGCCUCUACCAAUGGUCUGAUCAAUUUUAUCAAGAAACAUCGGGGUUAAAUUGAGCAGCAGAAGGUUGCCAAUAAGCCUGACUACAGCAUCCAGAUCGAUGUUAGUUACUGCUUUUUUUUGGCUUCUGUAAUACAAAUGGUUCUCCACAGCUCCUCAGUUUUCUCACUUGCAGCUGUCAAUCCUUAAAGUCAAGUUGCUUGAAAAACAAAACAUAGUUUUGUGAGACCCAGGUUUUGUAUAGUUUCUCUAUUUUUGUGGUUGUCAAAAGUGUAAAGUGCAGCUGGAUACUCCUUUUGUCUUGUACCCACAAGCCUACUUCCCAAAAAUUAGAAAAAUAAAGAUAUCACAAAAAUCA